AUGGGUGACAUGACAACCAACAUAUCACUUACAAAAUCAAGGUUAUCAGGAUCUGUGAUGUGUUGUGUUCAGACAAAGUUGAGUCACUUCAAACAAUGCAAAGGUGGUGAGAGUAACAAUCCUAUCCGACACCCUAUUUUCUUUGAAACGCCACACAUUCAAUAUUGUGGUGAUUAUAAUUUAGAAGCAAACGUAUGUCGUACCUCAGGAUUCGUAUCCAAUAUAAGACCAUCAAUUCGAUACAACGGUAAACUCGAUGAGAAAGACAACCCAGCUUUCAGAAACAUACUGAGCAGUAAUUACCUUUCCACAAACCAUAAAGAUUUUUUGCCGUAUUCCAUGCCAUCUGGGAAAGAAACUUUACCUUACCUUACAAAUCAACUAGCAAACGAGACAAACGUAUCAAAAGUCUUUUCGACAGGAAACUAUUUUUUUGAACAGAAGUUUAAAGAUAUCUUUACUCCAAUACUACCAAAGGGAAAACUUGUACUACCAACAAAAGCAGGUCCUUGUAACAUCGAAGACGAAAACUUCCGUCAUGGCCUUAAUACAUAUUCUAUGACCGACGUAGUCCAUUACAGUCGAAUUAAACCAAGACCGUAUGAUAUGUUCAAAGUUACUGUCGGUCGUAAGAAAGAAUCUGGAUCUACUAGUAGUAUAAGCAACUUUAAUGUAAUCAGCAACCGUUUCAGAUACUCGUUUACAACUGUUCAACCAGGUCGGAAAACUGAUAGAUUAGCAGGCCAAACUGCUUAUAUGAGUGAUUUUAGACCUUUUUGUUAUAAAAAUGGUUCUGAGCUUUUCUCAAAUUGGGUAGGCAACUUAUCGCACCAGGAGCCAACUGAUUAUGUUAUUCAAAAUAAAAUUUGGCCUGAAUACAAAAGUCAUCAUUCAUAUUAUAUAUUUAAGCACUCUGAGGAUUUUCCAGAAGUAUAUUUGGAAAAGUUAAAGACGAAUGAUUCAGCCGAAUAUCAAAGUGCUACUCAUAAAUCCAAAGAACCAAGUAUAACAAAGGGCUCACAGAAUGAUUUACAAAAUCAACCUAAAUCAUCAGCUGAACUGUUAGGUAGAGUGACCAUCGGUCGAUUAGAACCGAGUGGUUCCGCUUUGAAUAUUUCUGGACAUGUUCAAAGUCAAGAUAUGCCACUGGAUCGUUUUAUAACACACAACAUGACUAGAUUCUACUACCCACCACCUGGCCAAGGUGAUGGAGACCGAGGACAUAUUCUCUUUAAUACACAACCUCUCAAAGAAACAGCGACUUCAAGAUCAGUUAGACUACAUUAUCUUGAACCACAAACGCCAUCAACUGAUAAAUUGGGUACCGAUGAUCCCUACCAAUCAAAAAGUAUUUUGGCAAGAGAUACACUUCUCAGACGGACGACGAAUAAUAUUAUGUGA